CUAUGAAAAAAAAACUAAUGCCGUGUACUGAGGAGAAAAUUUACAGUUCAGUUUCAAAAGGGGUGUUUCCUUUUAUCAGAUAUAUUUUGCCAUAAGUUAAGUUUUCCACCUUGCCGUUGGUCAGCGGGCUAGUGUGAUCGAAUCUUCGUCCCAAAAUGCAAAAAAAUAAGCCUUGUCGCCAUGAUGGCUUACGCUUGGGUGUAGUUUUAUUCGCGAUACUUAGCGUGAAUAUAGUGGAUAGCGUCGAGCUGACUUUCGAGCUUCCGGAUAAUUCCCGCGAAUGUUUUCACGAGGAAAUACGGAAGGACCAGACUGCAACACUAGAGUUUCAGGUGGUAAGCGGUGGAAGCUAUGAUGUGGAUGUGACUCUGGAAAGCCCUACUGGCGAAGUAAUCUAUCGUCAAAUAAAGACACAAUUCGAUAACAAUCAAUUCGUUGCCACGGCUACCGGCAUCUACACUGCGUGCUUCAGUAAUGAAUUUUCAACCUUUUCACACAAAAUUGUGUACAUGGAUUUCCAAGUUGGAGAAGAACAGCCGCUGCCGGGCAUCGAAGAGCACUCCACGGUUCUGACGCAAUUGGAAACAUCUGCACAGGAAAUACACAAAGCAUUGAACGCCAUUCUCGAUUACCAAACACAUCAUCGGCUUCGCGAAGCUCAGGGUCGGAAAAGAGCCGAAGAUUUGAACGAACGUGUUUUGUGGUGGUCUCUCACGGAAACGGCUGCGAUUCUGUUGAUAGCAAUCGGACAAGUGCUUGUGUUAAGAAACUUCUUUUCCGAAAAAAAACCAAGCCAAAUGAACUAUCAAGUAAUGAAAUGAAACUUAUACUUAUAUGUAAUAACGAAAUAAAACUAAUAUGU